GUUAACUUUUCAGUUAGUAUCUGUAAUUUAUCCUAAAUCCCAAUAGAACGAAAUUAAAAGACGUUAAGUUAAAAGAUUGGUCCCAUCGAGAUCGUACUACAAGGAAAGUGCAUUAACUGCAAAGUACCGUCACUUUCCCCAUCCUCGUUCAAUUAGCGUUCGAAGGAGGAGAAUGCAAGGAGUGUUUGGUCAUUCUUGGGGCGCUUCUGAGUUUAGAGUACGACACCUCUUUAGUGUUUCAUUAAGCGAGAUGAUGAACGGCGGUAUAAGUUAUCUCGUGCUGCCGGGAGUGAUGUUGCAUCUUUAAUAAGCCGAUUUACUCAUUUCUGUCCUUCUCGUACACGCGUGUAUUUGCUGGGUGUUGAGCUGCCAAUAGAUUAACCGACAACAAAUCGAUAACUAAGUACAUACGCAGAUGGAAACGUCACAGAAUUUGAAAUAACGCAGUGAAUAAUAAAGAAGGUUAUAAAGAACCUAAGUUGAAUAAUUUAUACUAAAAUUUACCGAGAAUAUUCAAUGAAUGGUUUUGUUAGUCGCUUGGUAAUCUAAGGAUACCGUCCGUUACAUGAAUAUUUGAUGAUAUAUCGGCGCAUAUUUCUGCAUCCAUUAAAAGUUACUCCAGUUCCGGUACCCGAGGUUCAUAAUUACACGCAAACUCGAAUAUCUAGCUUUGUACCCGCAACAUCCUAGCAUCUGAAGGAACAAUGGACGACGCCUAAUUAAUCUCCAACCCCGUCCCAUGCUAAUUAAGAAUUUGAAGAACCAGAUCAUGACGACGAAUGUUUGGGUGGAACAAGAAUGGAACGAUUACAAGCUCAAAUGGAACCCUGAUGAUUACGGAGGUGUCGAAACAUUGCACGUCCCUUCAGAACACAUAUGGCUUCCGGAUAUAGUACUGUACAACAACGCCGACGGGAAUUACGAGGUGACAAUAAUGACGAAAGCCAUUCUGCACCACACCGGCAAAGUGGUGUGGAAACCACCAGCCAUCUACAAGUCCUUCUGCGAAAUAGACGUCGAGUACUUCCCUUUUGACGAACAGACGUGUUUCAUGAAGUUUGGAUCUUGGACUUACGACGGAUACAUGGUGGAUUUAAGACAUUUAUCUCAAGUUCAAGAUUCAAAUAACAUAGACGUAGGUAUCGACCUGCAGGACUACUACAUAUCAGUAGAAUGGGACAUAAUGAGAGUCCCCGCAGUAAGAAACGAAAAGUUUUACAGUUGCUGCGAAGAACCAUACCCGGACAUCAUCUUCAAUAUCACCCUAAGAAGAAAAACCCUCUUCUACACCGUAAAUCUAAUCAUUCCCUGCGUUGGAAUCUCAUUUCUUUCGAUUCUCGUUUUCUACCUUCCCUCCGAUUCCGGUGAAAAAGUUUCUUUGUCCAUUUCGAUCCUUUUAUCGCUCACCGUUUUCUUCCUUUUACUUGUAGAAAUCAUUCCGCCAACUUCAAUAACGGUCCCUUUACUUGGAAAAUAUCUUCUUUUCACAAUGUUGCUCUGCACAUUAUCGGUGGUGAUCACGAUCGCCGUUUUAAACGUAAAUUUUCGAUCGCCGGUGACUCACAAAUUAGCUCCGUGGGUCCGGGUGAUCUUCAUCGAUGUGCUUCCCAAGUUCCUGUUCAUCGAGCGCCCAAAAAAAGAUGAUGACGGCAGUGAUGGUAGUAAAAAUGGCAACGAAGCGCUCCUCACUGACGUCAUUCAUGUGCCCUCGAUGCUCGACAAAUGUAAAAGUUCUUUCGAUAGUUUCGAUUUGUCGUUGCCUCCUCCGUCGAGAUUUGAUGUUGCGGCUUCAGGAGGAAUGGGGCCGUGUUUUGGUGAAGCUCCAUUUCCACCUAUGCCUCUCGCCGGAGGAGAUGAAGAACUUUACAGUCCUGCCAGUUGUCGAGGAGGCGAUGGAAUGGAUGCCAGUGGAAUGGACAACAGCCCGUCCUUUGAAAAGAUAGGGCUUAGCGAGAUCGAAAAAACGAUCGCCGACUCAAGAUUCAUUGCUCAACAUGUUAAGAAUAAGGAUAAAUUUGAAAAUGUGGAGGAGGAUUGGAAAUAUGUAGCUAUGGUCCUCGACCGUUUAUUCUUGUGGAUCUUCACAAUAGCUUGCAUAACGGGUACAGCCCUCAUAAUCCUCAAAGCGCCGUCUUUGUACGACACUACGAAACCGAUUGAUAUAUUAAUAUCGAAGGUCGCGAAGAAAAAAAUGGCUCUGCUCAAGAUGGACCCCGAGGAACUGUAAUAUAAUCCGUGUGGCAAUUUGCGUGUUAAUUGUUAUACAUCAUUAACGAAAAUAACUUAAAAAA